CAUAAAUAUGCAUAUUGGGGGCCUAUAUGCAUCUGUAUUUGUUUUAAACCGAAAUGUCUUAUUUAAAAAGAUGAGAUGAAAAGGUUUAAAGUCCUCGCAAUGGAAAGCCAAAAUAGUGAAGUAAACUGAUGAAGGUGCCUUUUAAUUCCCUGUCGAGUCUUCCCAUCUUACAUCCUUGUAAUGUAUCUUUAUGACUCCAUGUGAAGGGGAUUGCAUUAAAACACAUUUGCAUCUUUGGAGAAUUGGAGCGUUAGCCGUAGGAUGCACUCUUUUGCUUGUUUCGUUAUACCUGUAGUAGAAUCUUAAACCCUUACACACGAGUCUUCAUUUGAAAAGCUGUUGGUGAUCAGAUAAAACACUGUCUCCCCUUAAUUUUGUUUUUAUUUAUUUAUUUUUCCACAAAAAGCUGUUUGUCUUCCAAGUCCUUGAGGGUUCAAUUCAAGUUUUCUAAUUAUUUUGCAUUGUCUUUCUGACAAUUAGCACUUAGAACGUGGGACAGGAUGGUAUAAAAGGUGAAGACAGCAGUUAAAGAGUGACACUAUCUGAGGCUUAGUGGCUUCCUGCACAUGUAACCUUGAUGGCCUUACUUUUCCUCCCUGUGCCUCAAUUUUUUCACAUGUAAAACAAAAGUGAAACAGGGAUCACUAGUAGCACCUCUCAUGAGCUUCUUGUGACCAGGAACUGAGUAAAUUCACUUGAAGCUCUUGGAAAGGUGGCUGGCGAAUAGAAACAAUAGAUGUUAACUCUUAGCUUUUUGUACGAAGUAAUUCCUAUGCUGUUUUCUACAAAACUUUAUUUCUGCUUUCCAGAUGAAACAGGAUUGACCCCAUUUUAGAAAAAUCAACAAUAAAUGGCACUUAAUGAGACUAUGUUCCUAAAUCUGCAUUUCUUUGUGAGAAUUUUGAUUUUGCAGGUUCUUCGUAUUCAUAACACUAGGUGGCAGUGUUAGCACAGACGGGGGAAAAAUACUGCAGGUUUCCCCAUUCCCCCAUUUCCCUUUCCAGUUUUAUAACUUUUUAGACAGCCUUUGAACCACUGAUCAGUCCAUAUUAGUAGUCUGGGGACACCCCAGUGCCGAGUCCUACAGGACACUGGCUGAGGGAUUAACAGGACAUUUCAAUGAUCAUUGCCUCGUAGGAGCAAAUGUGGUCCGUUGCGAUGCGAAGAAACUACCUCCUAAUUUCUCUAUCAGGGGCUUGCACAAGGCUGUUUUUCUGCACAAAAGCUGACUUAGGAACGCUUUAGCUCACUAUGCAGAGGCCUGGAGAGUCCUUGAUUUUCCUGGAGCGAGCUGGCAGCUUUGACAGAGGCUGUCACGUUUUAGGAAUCUCAAUGGUCCCCCAGAAAAUAAGCCAACGGCCUUGGGAGGGUGGGAUUUUGCUGAAGUCAUUUCUUUGUGACACUGUGGGAGAGGAAAGUAUUUGCCAGGUCACUGGGGUCCUGACUUUAAAAUCUGCCAGUUUUUACACUAAAAUGUUUAUUCUUUUUAGAUGAUUACCCGGAGCUCCUCUGAGAAAAAUAGGAGUAGAUUGCUGCAAUUACCAUGGGUUAAAAUGAAAGAUGGGAUGACCUGGCUGUACAAAGGCAUAGGGACUCAGGCAGACGAGAACUCCUGCUCCUUCUCUGAAUCGGAUUUUCCUGACUGUAUCAACAUGUAUGUCAUGAAACCAUGGCAUAAAAAGACCGCAGCUUUGGGAGUGAUGAUUUCACUGAAAGUGCAGUGGUGGAUAAAGGGGAAGCAGGGUUAGGUAAUUUCACUGGGUCAUGCUCUGUCACCUAGGCUGGAGUGCAAUGGAACAUUAUCAGCUCACUGCAUCCUCAGCCUCCCAGAGGGUUCAAGCCAUCCUCCCGCCUCAGUCUCCCAAGUAGCUGAGACCACAGCUUUGUAUCCAGUGGAGGAGGCUUGGGCCCAUGCUGGUAAAAUGAGAAGUUAGGGGAGGAUGUCCUCAGAGAACUGGAAGAUCACGGUCCUCAUUGUCACAACCCAUACAGUGUUGAUAGGGACAACAUAUGCCUUGGAAUGUUUCAAAUACUUUGCCACAGUUAAGGGACACCGAACAGCAGCUCAGUUUUGGAAAACAAAGUGGAAUUUCUGGAAACUGCUAGCAUAAAAGCUUUGACAGGGUCGCAUGCAGAUUAGCAUAAUUUUUAUUACAUUUUCUAUUUUAGUACUGUGAGAUACUAAUUUGGAUUUCAUUGUGCCCAUUGAGCGGCUUUUGUUCUUUGGCUGUGAGUUUAAUUAUUUAGUUAUUUAUGAGUGCAUCUGGGCAUAAGUGCCACAGUUUUAUUUCGGUGACAAAUUUAUGGUCAGUGAAUUUUAGUAAUUAAUGAAUAAAUUAU